CAACAACACAGCAACCACCUGGGCACUUGGGGACCCAUUUCCCGCCGCCAGCAGCUGCCCAGCUCCGGAUCUUAUCAUUGCUUUGCUCCUCCUCAACAUCUCUCAUCCCAUCAUCCUCCACCACCCGCCGCCCAUCACGACCCUUUCGCACUGGGUCAGUGAAUCCCGACAAGACUCUGGUCGCAGCUAGCUUGUUUCCUCCCUUCUGCCUCCCGCCAGUUUCAAGCAGUAAUUCGAAGCGUUCACUCGCCUUUGACUCUUGCAAAGCCCCCCCCUCUCGUCUGUGCCGCACCCACCGCACUCCCACGCCUCGGUGCCUCGCAUCACGUCCGUCGUCCCUGAGACCAGUCUGCCGGAUUUAGUUCCAAACCCGCAGUCGGCGCCUCAACAGCCACUGCCACCGCAAUUGCAGCUGCAGCUGUACCACUCAGCCCUCCUGCCACGGUCGUUGCCCGGCUUCCCGAGUCUUUUUGUCGGCUGCCUUUCUGUCCCGGGUGCCCUCUUGUCCUGCUAGAGCUCGUUCCAUUUUCGACAGCUGCUGCUACGGCCACCCUCCCCUGCAUUGCCGCAGCGCGGUUCCAGGCAAAACCCAUCCACCUAUUCGUCCUAGCCUGGCCUCGCGGGUCUGACAAUCAAACAUCUCCCGGCAUCCAUCACCUCGACGCCCGAUACCGCAUGUCGACCCUCGACACGAUCUGAAAGCGCUGCAAGUACAGCUCGCGCUGCAGUCAAUCACCCGCCAUCCUGUCCCCACGACCGCCGAUCCCCACGCACAAGAUGGCUGCCAAUCCCAAGCGCAACAGCAGGAGGGCCCUUGGUCACCGCCGCCGUGUCGACGAUGAUGGAGACGACGAGGGUGGGCCCGAGACUCUCGACGCUCUCGACGAUGAUUCCUUGACCGAGGGAUCCGUCGUCAGUGAUGAGAACAACCACGCGGAUGAUAGCGACACCAGCAAUCUUGACGAGGCAUCGCCUAUAUCCCCGGUUGUCAAGAAGAGCUCUGGCCGCGGUUCCACGAAAGCCGGUGAUCGCCGCACUGCCCCCGCCGCACCUGGAGCAGCCGACGCUGGUGGCCAAGUCGCCGGAGCCGUUGCCGAGACCGAAUCACGCCUCCACGAGUUAAGCAUCUCGGACUCGCCCAAGACCGCACACGCCGACGAAACCGCCGUCUCAACCUCCAGGCCCGGUGGGCCAGUGGUCGUAAGCUCGACAUCGGUGCCGUCUCAGGAGCCCCCCUUCGAACGCCGCCGGCGUGAACAUGAAGAGUAUCGCAAGAAGAGAGACGAGGACCCGGCGUUCGUGCCGAAUCGUGGUGCAUUCUUCAUGCACGACCACCGUCAUGCCGGCCCUGCUGCUAAUGGUUUCCGGCCCUUUGGCAGAGGAGCAUUGGCCAGAGGUCGAGGAAGGGGUCGCGGUUUCGGCGGCCCCUUCGCACCGGUACAAUCGUUCCAGUCGCCAUUUGACCCCACAACGAGCGCUCCCUGGUCCCACGACAUGCAUGAGACUGUUGCUGAGCCCAUGCCUCCCCGACAACCAAGGCAGCCAGCUCAGCCUGCCGAGGGCCUUCCCAACGGUGACGGACACAUCCCCACUUGUCCUCCCAGCAAUACUCCGAUCAACAGAACACUAUCCACCGAGAAGACGCUGGGCAACGUGGAAAUUCGUGUCUUCUUCCCGGGCCUUAAGGAACCUAAAUCGUUCUCCGGCAUCGCCAUCAAGCGAUACACGAAAUUACCUGACCACAGGCCUCCGCUGCGGCGUGACAAGCCGGUUCGGAUCUCGCUACCGGAUAACCCGCCACGCUAUAUAUUCCCUGCUGUUGACAGGUCCUUUAUUUUUAUUCCUCGUGCUCUACGACCAAACCAGCAGCGGGUGCGUGGCAAGCCACGUCCGGGCCUGGGCUCAGUUGGCGGCUACUCGCGCCGCACGAGUGUCUACGGAGGAAGCUACUAUGGCGGAAGUGUUUACACGCCGAGUGUUGAUAUGAGUCGGCGUUCCAGUAUUGCUCCAGCAGACUUCAUCUCACCGACCGGAUCCGCCAUGUCGCGUCCAAUCGUCCGGCUACCCCCUAUGGCUCGUGCAGACAUGCCAGUGCCUAUGCCCGUACCAGCUACGAUGACGACGCUCUUCCCACAACCUCCCCCAGCUGAUGACACGCCCGACGCUUCUACACCGGCGCCCGCGCCCGCGGCGGAGCAGCCCGCGGCCUUUGAGGCUUCGAUCAGCGAUCUCCCACACCCUCAAACACACCCUCUUCCUCAGAAGCCCAUCUUCCAAGAAAAUCGCCCAGGCUCCAUCCCUAUGCAUCAACCCCGGCCACAGAAAGCCGUUUCAGUGGAGAACAUUGAGUCACCUACUCGGCAAAUCAACCCACCUCAACAAUACCAGCAAGCUUUCCACCAGCAGGUACCCCCUCAGGUGGUUAAUAGCCUGUCCCAGGACACACACGUUCGAAAUCCUUCUUACCCGUCUCAGUUCUCUACGGGGACGCCCUUGUCUCAAAUCCCCGAAAGGGCGAUCCAUGCCGCGCCCUUCCAGCCGUCUGGCUUCGCGCAGCCUCAGCCUCAGCCUCAGCCUCAGCCUCAGCCUGGUUACUAUAAUCAGCCGUAUCAGAUGAUGGCGCCCCCUCAAGGUUAUUACUAUCCUCCGCAGUAUGGUAACAAUAUGGCCCCGUCGGCUGCGGCUCCGCCGUUUUACCCUGGCUCGCAGCAACCUCAGCAGAUGAAUUACAACCAGAGUGGACAGGGUGAUCCUUCGGGUGGCCAGGGCAACGGACAAGGCGGCGCCUCAUCCGCAUUGGUCGCCCAGGAGAGUGGGGGUUGUGUCUAUUACUAUGACGCAUCUCAAAUACCAACAUACCCAAAUUAUCCGGCGUACGCAGCACCCGGAUACGGUAUGGGUAUGUCGCCAGCGCCUGACGGCUUCUACUACAACCAGGCGGCUCCAGGAAUGGCACCUUAUCCAGGAUAGGGUCUGGGUAUCGUGUACGGGGAUAUUUUAGAGAAUUCGCCAGGAUAAGGAGCCAGUAUUGAGUGCAUCAUCAGCUGCGCUCCCUGAGACCACGUCCGUGACUGUACUUCACUGCGACUACUCUUCACAUUCGAUGUCGUCGGACGGGCACUUCGGAAGCGGCGGCGGUAGUGGGGUUGCUGCUAGUCAAUGGGAAGGUGGUCGAGAUGAUAAUUCAAUGCCGGAGGGAGGGUGAAGCAUACGAGGCUCUCCGAACGGAGUCGCUGCUAUGAGAGUCACCCUGCUACCAAAAGCGAUAUUAUCACCAGGAAUCUUAUUUUACCUCAACAAUUUUCUUGUCCCUGUUUCCCUACAUGCUUUACUUUACUUGCUUGGCGUCGGCCUCGGAACGUUCGCGAUGUUGUGUUUUCGACGUGCAAAAAAAAGAAAGGUGGAGGUUUCGGGAACGGCGUUUCGGCGUUAGUCUCCUCACUGUUCGAUAUAGCAUCCGGUUUGUCUAUCAAGCGUGGCUGUUUUGGAUCGUGUUGCUUUCUCAUUGUAAGGUGACUGCUAUUGUGGUGGGUUGCAGAGGGGCUUGCUUUAGUAAUGGAUCAAUGGCAACCAUGACACUCCUUUGGGCCUGAGAGGAAAGAAAAUCCCUGUGCUUUUUAAACCUGUCCCUCUCCUGUCUUGCGCACCUGCUUUGGCAGACGGGGAAACAUCUGCUGUUCCUUAAGGGCUAGGAGAGGGAGAAGAAGGUGAUGCCCAGGGGCGCUCUAGGGCAGGCGGUGGCCCGAGGAUGAAGGGGUAGCCGUGAUGUGGUCAUGGGUCUUGAGAAAUAGACAUGGCUAGACAGCUCACAGAUUAUGGACAUUUGCUAUUUGUGGUGGUGGCCUUCGCUCACGGCAGGAUGCUUUUGAAGAAGGGGGGGUGGGGGUUGACGUUGCGGUGGCUUAUAGGUAGUUGUAUGGAAUACUCGCUGUUGAAAAAGGUACGGACCUACAGCUUGAAAGAUGCUACAUUGUCGGCGAUUUCUCAUGCUUCCUAAUGUCCUUGGCAAGGUCUCGUCUUGACGCCUCUUAGUGUCAUCCUCCUCAAUGCUGACCGUAACACGUUUCCACACCGUAGGAGAGCCAGAUGGUAUACAAACAUGCACUCGAUGACAGUGGGGCAAGCUUGAGCUUGACAGAAGCGCCUGGUGUUACAUUCGAAGCUGAAGCGAUGGUGUGCUUUUGCAGUCGGGGGAGCGUUGUAGGGUUGGAUAAGAUGAGACCCGGUGAUUUUGUUGGAGCUGCUGCUUGCCGCUCUCGGUUCCAAAGAAGACAGAUAUAAAGGUGAAGGUCAAUUGCUAGGAAGUGUCAAGUCAUUAAAAAGCCAACAUGGGCACUGUCUAAUAAAACUUUACGUUGUAUACUCCCAUGCGUAGGCAAGGAUACG